CUCGACGACGCGUCGCUGACGCUGCGCGAGGGCCAGCGCUGCGUCGUCGUCGGCCACAACGGCUGCGGCAAGUCGACGCUGCUGGGCGUCAUCGCCGGCACGGAGGCGCUCGACGGCGGCGGCGUCCGCGUGAAAAAGGGCGCCAAGGUCACGUGCGUCGAGCAGGAGCCGCUGACCGCGCCCGGCGACGGCGCCAAGUCCGUGCGCGACGUGCUGUUGAGCGGCGACGGCCGCGACGUCGCCGCCGCGCGGGCCUACGCCGCGGCGGCGGCGGCCUACGAGGCGGACCCCGGCGACGCGGCGCUCGCGAAACGGUUCGAGCGGGCGUCGGACGCGAUGAGCGACGCGGACGGCUGGGCCGUCGAGGCCUCCGUCGCCACGGCGUCGGCCAAACUCAACAUCGACCACCUCCAGGGCCGCUCCGUCGCCGAGCUCAGCGGCGGCGAGCGCAAGAGGGUGUCUCUGGCGGGCGCGCUCCUCUCCGGCGGCGACGUGCUCGUCUUGGACGAGCCGACGAACCACCUCGACCUCUGGGCCGUGCGCUGGCUCGAGGACUACCUCGCGUCGGAGGUGCUCAGUUCGAAGACCGUCGUCUUCGUGAGCCACGACCGCACCUUCGCGGAGGCCGUCGCGACGUCCUUGGUCGAGCUCGACGGCGGCAAGCUGUACGAGCACUCGACGCGGGCCGGCGGCCUCGUGGAGGCGUAUCUGGAGGGCAAGGCGAAGCGCCUCGCCGACUCCCAGUCGGCGGCGUCGGCCGCGCGGUCCCAGCUCCGCGACGAGCUCGCCUGGCUGCGGCGCGGCGCAAAGGCGCGCCAGUCCAAGUCCACGGAGCGCAUCGCGCGCGUCGACGUGCUCCAGCACAAGGCCGAGGACCGGCGCAAGCGCACGGUCGUGACCAUCGACGACCUCGGCGCGAGGGCGGGGGUCGCGACCGUCGACGACGAAGACUACGAGGAGCGGCUCUUCGACGAGUUCUCCUACGAGAUCGCGCACAACGACCGCAUCGGGGUCGUCGGCGCCAACGGCGCGGGCAAGUCGACGCUCGUCAAGGCCAUCGUCGCGCAGGCGGCGCGCGAGGGGCGGCUCGUCGGCGCGACGGACGAGGACAUCGCGGCGGCCGCCGCGGACGCGGCGCGCUACGACGGCGACGACGACGCCAUCGUGCUGGCGAACAUCAAGGUCGGCUACUACGCGCAGACCCCGCUCAGCGAGGCGGCCUGCGCGGCGACGCCCAUGGACUUCGCGCUCGACCGCUACCAGUUCGAGGACGGCGCGGCCUGGGCCGCGCCCAUCGCCAAGCUCAGCGGCGGCGAGAAGCGGCGGCUCCAGAUGAUGGCGGUGUUGGACGCGAACCCGGACGUCAUGAUCCUCGACGAGCCGUCGAACGAUCUGGACCUCGGCGCGCUCCAGAGCCUCGAGCGUUUCCUGAGCGACGACUUCAAGGGCGCCCUCUUGCUCGUGAGCCACGACCGGUCGCUGCUCGACGCGACCUGCGACACGCUCCUCGUGCUCCCGGGCGACGGCUACGUGUCGUCGUUUCCGGGAUCGAUGACCGAGUACCUCGAG